UCGUUCCUUCAUCAUCCUCUCUUGUUUGUCUUCACCACACUGAUGUGGUUUACAUAACUUUUAUUAAUUCAUCUCUUAAAUAUAUGUGUUAAUAUGUAAACAUACGUAAAUGUCGAUCAGCUGUUACUAUAGAAACGAUAACGCGUUAGAACGGCUCAUUAACAUAUGAAGAUAAUUAACAUAUGAAGAUAAUUAAUAUACCUGUGAUUGGAAUUUAAUCAAUUAGAAAAUCCAACAGUGAUGAUGAUGAUGGUGGUGAUGGAGUCCUUUUGUCUGGCUCAACAGUUCAAGUUUAAACAGGAAAAUAUCAGACAACUUGCACAUAAUCAACAUGUUCUGCUAAGUCAGGGAAAUUAUGCAGGCAAAACAUGAGUACAAGAUGGAGUAUAAUCACAGUGACAUUGUGCCUAAUCAAAAACAAAGCAGUGAGACAGAAUAAGGCCAUCUGUAGGGGAUGGACAACACUUUUUAUAUAUCACAGAGACACACUGGGGGAAAAGACAAAAAGAAUAACACACUUUUAGUGUGUUAGAAGCCUGAAUGGAAGGAGUCUCCAGUCCCAGUUUAUUAUUUCUGUUCAGGCGACUGCUGCAGUCAGACAAGCAUGGACUCAGACAUGGAUGUGGAGUCUGGGAGUGAUUCAGACCAGGAUUGGCGGAGUAAGAAAGUGAAGAGGAGGAGGACGAGGACGAGGACGAGGAGGACAAAAUCAUUCUCACCUCAAGAGAAACCCACAAGAGUUCCCAAGGAUUGGCGACGAGUGGGCGAGAGCUUAAAAAAGAAACACAAAUUUCCUGUGACGUGUGGAAGUAAAGAAGGCAUCCUACACAAAGAUAGGUAUAAAAAAAGUAAGCCGUGUAUCUUGUCUAAUGAUCGGUGGUUCACUCCUUCUGAAUUUGAGAAGUUUGGAGGAAAGGAGAAAAACAAAAAGUGGAAGAUUAGUAUCCUGUGCAGUCACAGUAAGGUUCCUCUGCAAACAUUCAUACAGGAAGGCUUUCUUUCCUCUGCAUUGUUUAAAACAAAGCGUGUGCAGGAGCAGGAGGUAGCCGAGCCGGUGUCCAGGACAAAUCUGAUUGAGACCAGAAGCAGGGGAAACCUUGAUGAAAACAGACUCACAUCCACGGUCAUGUCUGAGCUACUGGACGAUCCUUUAACAGCCGAAUCAUUUGAAGUCAGGUGUUCUACAGGGGAAGGGGUUCUACAUGUAUCCCGCUUUGCUACAGAGACGCGUGGGAAAUGCAUCAGGACGCAGGACGCCUGGUUCACCCCCAGGGACUUCCUCACCCGCUACAAGGCUGACGGAAACUGGAGAUUGGACAUCAAAAGACAUGGUGUCCCUCUUGGAGAGCUCAUAAUGAAGAGAGUGUUGAAGCUUCACAUAGUGAACUGCAGGUGUCCAAUCUGCACAGAAGAUCCUCUACAUGUGCUGGAUCAGAAGAAUGAUGACGUGUGCUUUAUGUGCAAGAUCGAUGGAGAUCUGGUGUGUUGUGACAAAUGUCCACGUGCCUUCCAUCAUCAAUGCCACGAACCAGCUUUAGGGGACGACACACACAGUGGACACUGGACCUGUUGCUUCUGCCAGUCUGUUAAAGCUGAAAGAAAUCGGAGCUCAUAACUGGAAUUUUUGAAUUCUUGAAUUUUAAAAAAAUAUAUAUAUGAUGAUUUUAUUAGAAUUUUGUAUGAAGUUUUUUGCUUUUGGUGGUUUUAGGGGAAAAGGAAUAAAGAUAUUCUUUACAAUUUUUAC